UGUUUUUGAGGCGGAAAUGAGUUUGCACCAAUCAGAGAUUUAAAUUCUUGGAAAUAUUUAUUUUCUAGCUGCCUAAAAGGUUUACCAAGCAAAUAAUUUUGAAAUACGACAUGAAGUGUCCGAAUUGAUUUGCUCGCAUGUCAAAUUUUCAAACACGAAGACUGAGUGGUGUCAGAACCGAGUAAUACUCCUUGACGACUAUUUGCAUAAACCAAUUCGAUCACUGAAAUACGAGACAUCAUCUAUGGUGACUGCAUUCAAGGAAAGAAGGAAUCUGAGCCAAAAUGGACAAUUCAAGCACGCCGACUUCUUUGCCAUUGACAGCGUGUUACCAUCUUCGCCCGUUGGUGAUUAAUACCGUGCGUUAUGAACCAGACAACAAAACGACUUCUGUGACCGUAUUUACUUGUGUACUUAUGGCAUUGGCAUGUCCCUGUGCAAUUGUUGCAAAUGUCAUGGUGUUCCUUGGCGUUUUAAGAAAACCGGAGUUACGAAACGUUUACAAUACUUCAAUUUUGUUCCUCGCUACCUCGGAUUUGUUAACAGGGUUGGUAACGCAUCCUUCUUUCAUUGCAUAUCAUGGAAGCAAGUUGACGACUCCCAUGCAAGAUUUCUCCUGUAUCGCUUUGGUCAUGUAUACGUACACAAAUUUCAUGUUCACUGGCCUGUCUGUGAUAACAAUAAUUCUCAUCACAUUAGAAAGAUAUCUCGCCAUAUUUCACCCUUAUAAAUAUCAAGCCUUCGUUACAAAGCGUCGCAUCGCUAUAACAAUUUCCCUCGUUUGGGUCGUAUGGGUCGCGUUUAUAACUUUUGUGCGAUUUUCUCCGGAAGCGCGCUCGGGUACACUUGGUGUUAUAGCUGCAAUCCUCCUUAUUCCAUGUAUUUUACUAACAGUUUUUGUGUACUGUAAAGUUUACUGCCUGACUCGACGGAUUCGUGUAUCAAUAGGCCAUGAGUUAACAACGCAAAGAAAUACCGCAGACAUUCAAGAGACGAAGUCGUCAAGGACAGUUGCUUACUUAGCUGGCGCAGUUGUAAUUUGUUUCUUGCCGACAAUUGCGGUCGUAAUAAUUCAGGAAUCAAAAGCAAUUGAUGCGAAUUAUUUCUUUCACUUGCUGUAUCCGCUCACUGAAUCGGCCGUCCUGCUAACGCCCGUGUUCGAUCCCAUAAUUUACAUGCUCCGAAGUAGUAAAUUAAAAGCUAGUCUGCGCGAGUUGAUACGCGAUCGAGUGCUAUAUACACAGUCGGCCAGCAGAACAAGAGCGACAACAGGGCCAACUGUAUCAACAGGAUUAGAAAUGGAGAUGACAGCACAGUCAUAAGACAUGACGCGGUAUAUGUUUAAUCAGGGACACAAAAUGUUUUUAAAGCAAGAGGAGAAGUGUAUGUUAUUUUACUUCCUUGGAGUGUUUCUGUACGGAGGAAAAUCAGAAAGUGAGAUUGGUUGAGGUUAAAAGUCGCGCCAUGCAGAACUUUGCAACAAAUUAACUAAAUUAAAAAGUUCUUGUAAUGUCAAAUUGAACUAGAGCACCGCUCUGGCGAAAUAUUUAAACUACUGCGCUAUGCGGCAGUUUUACACAGAUUUGGAGAAUUGCUUUGAUCGUCAAAUGCUUAUGAUCUAAGCUUUCAUCUACUUUUAAUUUCAAACUAUCUACACUCAUUUCUUUAUGCAGAAUGUCAGCUGAAGGUUGCAUCAUUCCUCAAUUUAAAUUCCGAGGUGGUGAAAGCGCUUACAUUAAUGAUUUAAGAGUAGGUCAAAGUUUAACCUUUAAAACGAAAUCAACUUCACCGAAAAAAUUGCUCAGUUGUUAUGGUAAAUCGUUCUUGUUUGCAUGCCGUGUCGUUUUAAUAUUUCAUUUCUUUGGCACUCUGGAAGGUAUUAAUUUCGGUUAACGACUGCCUUGUAAAAUAUAAUUUGUGCUUCAGUUCGAUGCCUUUGUUUACUCGUCAUUCUAAAAUUUAGAGGAAAGAUUUCCACUAGGGAGUAGAAAUAUGUCUGAGAACAAAAUGAAUUAAAUAACAAGUUAAAUA